AUGAUGAGGUCAUCUCCCACAUAUAUAGUGCUCAUGAAUCUCGCAGUAGCAGAUGUAUUCACUCUCGUAGUGGCUCCGUCGGCACUCCUGUACACUCAUUUCAUGGAUGAGCUGACGGAAAGUACCUACCCAAUUUUAAUAGUGUUGUCAUCGCUAAGUUUAGUCAAUAGCAUAUUUAAUCCUAUUAUGUAUUUCUUCUUAUCAAGACGUAACGUUUCGCCUUGCGUGAAGUGCAGAAAAUAA